GCAGCGAUCGCGCGGCCAUGGCGGUGUUGGGGUACUGGGACAUCCGCGGGCUCGCCCACGCCAUCCGCCUGCUCCUGGAGUACACAGAGACACCCUAUGAGGACAAACUCUACAGCUGUGGGGAAGCUCCCAACUAUGAUAAGAGCCAAUGGAUCAAUGAGAAGGAGAAGCUGGGGCUGGACUUCCCCAACCUGCCCUACUUCAUCGAUGGCCCCACCAAACUGACCCAGAGCAACGCCAUCCUGCGCUACAUCGCCCGCAAGCACAACAUGUGUGGUGAGACAGAGGAGGAGAUCCUGCGUGUGGACAUGCUGGAGAACCAGAUCAUGGAUUUCCGCAUGAGCCUUGUCAUGGUCUGCUACAACCCUGACUUUGAGAAGCUCAAGCCGGGCUACCUGGAGCAGCUCCCGGGGAAACUGAAGCUCUUCUCCAACUUCCUGGGGGAUAGAAAGUGGUUUGCAGGGGAGAAGCUGACCUUCGUGGACUUCCUCAUGUUCGACGUGCUGGAUCAGAACCGCAUCUUUGAGCCCAAGUGCCUGGAGCCCUUCAAGAAUCUCAAGGACUUUGUGGAGCGCUUUGGGGCUCUGGAGAAGGUGGCUGCCUACUUGAAGUCCAGCCGUUUCCAGAAGAUGCCCAUCAACAACAAAAUGGCCAAGUGGGGCAACAAGAACUUGUAGGAGCUCAGCUCGGGGCUCAGAGGGUGGGGGGAGUCCUAACCCAGCCCCUCCAGCACCCUCCACCCUUGGGGGGGGGACAGCACCACUGGCAUGACGCCCCCCAAGGCAAUAAAUCAUUUUUAGAUGUGGCA